AUGGAGACUGUCAUCUUGGAAGAUCGCUGUAUUACUGCUCGUCAGCUAGCCCAAGAUAUCAAGACUGGUGUUGAGUCUGGCAUCGUCACACCCUUGGCGGGCAAGGUCAUGCUCACAAUCCUUUGGGACCAUCAUGCAAUGGAAGUUUGGUUCUGUCGUUAUGACAUAUUUUCUCAUCCUCCUUAUUCUCCUGACACUGCACCAUCUGAGUUUCACCUCUUUCCGUCCAUGAAGUCAUUUUUGAAGUGCAAACGCUUCCAAGAUGACGAGAAUCUGAUUUCUGAAAUCACUUCAUGGCUUCAGACUCAACCAGCAGACUUCUACAAGCGAGGAGGCCACAGAUGCAUAAAACGAUAG